GGCGCUCGUUCAGCAGUCUUCACUGUGACCAUCAUUUGAGCAACUAUUUGGUGCUUGACCUUUGCUCGUCGUUUUAUUCAAAGGUCCUUCUUGUCGGAACCAUGAGUUAUCACCGAAGACGGCACAACAACAGAGGUUAUGACGAUGACUUUCGACGAGAAGUCUAUGAGACUCCAGAGCAGAAGCUCAAAAGCACCAUUUUCAAGUUGGGAGAAGUGGACCCAAUUCUGGAGGUACCUCGCAUAACCAAACAGCUUCUUGAAGAGCCUGCUCUGAAUGCACCUGUCAUUUCUGAAGGUUUUCGCAUAGCAGUUACGGAGCAACCAUUCAAAAUCCCUUAUUACGCGGCACUACUCCGAGAGCUUUAUGACCCGGUUGAAGAUGUGGAUGAAUCUUCCACAGCAUCGCCGACACUUGGCAGGCAGAUAUUGGACGACUUUUGGAAGGGUUUUCAGGCGUCUUUGGAUAAGCUGGCAUGGAGGGAUAUGAGGCUCUCCAUACAUCUGUUCGCUCACCUGACUAUGGCGCAAGUAAUUACCACACAAUCUAUGUUUGAGCUGCUACGUUCAUUUGCUGCAGUUCUCGACGAGUUUGGUGUGUCGCAUGGUCGAGCAAAAAAGGCUGCACUUUGCGCCUCCGAGGGUCUUAUGAUUGCUGGUCCAGUUAUUAAGGAGAACCCGAGCACAAACGUAAUUGAUAUUAUCAGCGCCAUUCAGGCGUAUAUCGAAUCUUCAGCAGACUCGAAGAGACUUGUUCAACCCACGGUCGCAUUAUUCUCGGACUCAGUGACCGUAGAAGCUGCCGACGAGAUUCUGGAUUCCGCCCUAGCAACUUUGCAAAUUCUCAACUCUUCUGACUUCUCUCAGACCGCCGAGAGCUACCCGCAACCCUAUCUUGUUGCACCAAAGCCGAGCAGCGCUCCUUUUGAGCUGCCUUCUAUUCUUGUUCCGCCUGAAGUCAUUGAAUUAGACAGUCUACACACCGAUUCUGGCGAAGAUGCGCUCGUGAAGAAGGAAGAAUGGGCUGAGUUCUACAUUCGCAUCUUUGAUAACGAUGUCACUCCUGACCCAACGACACCCGCUGGUUACGCCGUUCGCUCUGGUCUACUUGAUCUGAUCGAUAUUUACGAAGUCAAUCGUAAGGAGUGCGCACGCCUACUUCUUGAGUUCCCUAAGUGGACUUUGCCGGGGACGUUCAAGCCCAAACCAGGUGCUCCGCCACAAGAUGGUGUCUCAGGUAAAGACUGGCAACUGGAAAGCACUCUCAUCGAGACUAUUCUAGGCUCUCUUUUCCUCUUACCUGAAUCUAACUAUAAGUCCAUCUACUACGUCGCGCUCGUCACCGAAUUGUGCAAACUAUCACCCAGCACUAUCGGGCCUGCAGUCGGAAAGUCAAUCCGGAAGAUGUACGGAUUGCUAUCAGACGGACUUGAUGUUGAAGUUGCCCUCAGGUUUGUUGAUUGGUUUGCAGUUCAUAUGAGUAACUUCAAUUUCCAAUGGGUUUGGAAAGAAUGGGUGCCAGACUUGGACCUUUCGAUCCAGCAUCCCAAACGGACAUUCAUGCGCCGGGCAAUUGACUUGGAAAUCCGUCUGUCAUACUAUGACAGGAUUCUCAAGACACUGCCUGAACCUAUGCAAAACCCGGAUAUGAAGCUUUUGCCAGUCGAAGCACCAGGACCUGAUUAUGAGUACGAUGACCCGUCGAACCCGAAUCAUGAUGCAGCUCAAACAGUGCUCAAUCUCCUGCGAGGUCGAGCUAAAGCAGAAGACGUCAUGUCUCACUUGCAAGGAUUGAAAAAUACGUUAGAGACGGCCGACAGCGACAGCAACGUCGAUUCGAUCAUUCGUUCUAUUGCCGUCCAGUCAUUGUUGCACAUUGGUUCCCGCUCGUUCUCGCAUUUCCUUAACGCCAUCGAACGAUACUUGCCUCUUCUGCGAAAUCUUGCUGCAGGAGGCAUCUCAUCAGGAGGCUCACCCAGCUUCGAAGCUCGCAAAGAUAUCCUCGAUGCGGUCAUUGCAUUCUGGAAGCAUAGCAAACAUAUGGUCGUGAUCGUAUACGACAAGUUGAUGCAGUAUCAAAUCGUCGACCCAACGGAUGUAGUCGCCUGGACGUUCCUGCAUGGACGGCAAUUCGUCGCAACCGAGGAUUCGUCCAGCUUUGACGCCUUCCAGUGGUCAUUGCUCAAAGGUGCGCUGGACAAGGCGAACGGUCGAGUUGUGAUUGCUCGACGACGUGUUGCUGCUUUACGGAAAGAGGAAGAUGAUAGAGCUGCAAGAGAGAAGGCCAGCGACCAAGCUACUAUGGAAGUCGACGCCGAAGCGAAGCCGGACGAGCCAGUAGUCGAGUCUGCAGCUUUGACUACGGCAUUGAAGGCGUUUGCUACGCUCACGCGCGAACAGAGGAAUGCAUUGUCGCGAGCUUUAAAUGGCUUCGUUGAUUGUCUGGUCUCGCAGUCUAACCCGAACGUCCGAGCUGGAGAGGUUAUCCAAGAGAAAGCGUGGCACAACCGCGUGAACUGGAAUGAGAAAGAAUGGUUGGCUUGGGAGACAUGGGGAUGGUAUAGGCAUUUCUGUCGUACGUUCUCGCCUUACCUUCGCAACUAUGCAAAAACUCUUGGCGCAGUCUCUUUCGCCAGGGUUGGGCCUGCUGGAGAUCCCGCCGUGGAACUCUUCAGGAACAUUUGGAACAACGCCACUGGCCAAGAAGCGUAGUUUCCGUAGUGUCGCUCGUUGUUUGCGACCACUUCGUGUAUUUAAUUCGUUGUACCUUAUUGUUCAAUGUUAUUAUCUUGCUCCAAGGCAGUGUUGCAGCAUCUCCCAACGUGAACAUGGUAUUUACGGUAUACAAAACAGGUCCGGGUCUUAUUACAUUACUAUCACAAGCCAAUACAAAAGAGUAUUAGAACAAGAACAAAGGUCGUGGAUAUUGUGA